ACCAUUCAUGUGUUGAAGAGGCUAAAGCCUGGAGAGAGCGCGCAGCCGCUUCAUACCAACACAUCUCCUUUUUCUCGGCAACUUCUCCUUUCACUUCCUGGUUGUUGGGAAGCUCGGUCUUAGCUCAAGAGCAGUUGCUAAACACUUUUCCUGAAUCGACCACAGAUCUCAACAAACCACUUUCAGUUUGGAGAAGCCGAGCCUCGGGGCUGGCAGACUGACGCAUCCAGUGCGUCUUGGAUUUUACGCAAACACCAGAAUAACCCAGGAGCUGAGGACCAUCCACCAUCACUGCAGAACCCAGAGAUACCGAGGACUGUGGAAGAACUGCGGGCUGCAGGUGAAAGUCCUGGAGAGCUGAGGUCGUGUUGCGGCACUGAGGCGCACAGAUGGUGUUUCUGUGGGAUGCAAAAUACGAUCCAGCCCCCGGCAGGCGAUAUACUCCCCCCUCCACUUCACUCGCCUCAGGGGGGAAAAUGGCCGAGGCUUUGCCUCUAGGAGCCCAGGAGGCUGGUGGGGGUGCCGUUGUGAUGGGCAAAUUCCGUAUAGCAGACCACGGCAUGGCUGAAGUGAUUUCUGAUCAUCCAGGAGAGCUGGUGAAGACUGACAGCCCGAAUUUCCUCUGCUCGGUGCUGCCGACUCACUGGAGGUGUAAUAAGACUCUUCCCAUUGCUUUUAAGAUAGUGACCCUGGGUGACAUUGCUGAUGGCACCUUGGUAACAGUGAUGGCUGGAAAUGACGAGAACUACUCAGCAGAGCUUCGCAAUGCCACAGCUGUCAUCAAGAACCAAGUGGCCAGAUUCAACGACCUGCGCUUUGUUGGUCGCAGUGGAAGAGGAAAAAGUUUCACUCUCACGAUCACAGUGUUUACCAACCCUCCCCAAGUGGCUACAUACCAAAGAGCUAUCAAAAUUACUGUGGAUGGUCCCAGAGAGCCACGACGUCAUCGUCAGAAGCUGGACGAGGUCAAACCUGGCUCACUGGCUUUUUCUGAGAGGCUUUCAGAGCUGGAACAUCUGAGAAGGAGCUCCAUCAGAGUAACACCUCCUCAUAAUCAUCACCAUCAGCCGUCAGCAAACAGCCACCCAUCUGCUGUUCUCACUGCGGCAACGUUUUCCAGCCCCACACAUUCUGGACUAACAGCUGAUUCCAGACAGAUACAGUCUUCUCCAUCUUGGUCCUAUGAUCAGUCAUAUCCCUACCUUGGCCAGAUAUCUACUCCAAGUGUUCAUACAGCUGGUCCACUUUCACCUGGUCGCUCUUCUCUCGGUGACCUGUCCUCAAGGCUCACAGGCCCUGACCUUACAGCCUUUGGUGACCCCAGGAUGGCUUUGGAGCGGCCUUUUAGUUCCCUUCCUUCCCUGCCCGACUCUCGUUUCUCUAACCCUCGGGUGCACUACCCUCCUACAGGAGCAGCAUUCACGUACACCCCAACCCAUAAUCCAGUCUCUAAUGGUGCUAUUAGCAUCACAAUGGCGACAGCCAUGGCAACCACCCAAACAGGACGGUAUCACACAUAUUUGCCUCCACCUUACCCUGCAAACAACCCUCACCAAGGUCAGAAUGGGCCGUUCCAAUCCACUUCAUCUCCAUAUCAUCUGUACUACUCCACCACCACUGGCUCAUACCAGUUCUCUAUGAUGGGUGGGGGAGGAGGCAGCAGUGACCCACACUCUCCACCUCGUAUCCUCCCACCUUGCACCACUGCUUCCACAGGUUCUUCUCUUCUACACCCUUCUUUGCCCAAUCAGAACGAGGGAGUAGGUGUGGAGGUGGAAUCCAGCCACAGUAGCUCACCAACAAACAUGGCUGCUGCUGAAGCUGUAUGGAGACCAUAUUGAGUCACCUGAGAUGGUAAAAGAUUUUCUACUCUUAUCACGGCAAUACUGCCUAGAGUGGAUUCACCUGAAAGGAGUAUAUUUUCAAUAGUGACAACUUGAGGACUAAGUCUUAUCGUCACAUCAUUUAAGUUGUUCAAUAGAGGGAGCAAAGCCAAAGUCUUACACCAUGGAAAUUGGAAUCCAUUAAUUAAUCUUUUAAAGGUUUCUGGCUUCCUGAUUUGUUUUACUACAAGCACCAGAUAUACUCUUCCAUCUUCCUUCAACAUCUCUAUCUCAAGAAAUCUUGAAAGGUUACUAGUAAUGUAUUUUCUUUUCCUUAAAAAGAGCCUAGACCUAUCCAGAAAAUUUUUCAUUUUCUGUAGGAUUUAGAAAAUGGACUCUUUUGGUGUCUAUUUUGUGUCUGUUUUUCAGGAAUGAAGGAUUACAAUUGGUUCUAAAGAUGGAACACAUUGCAGUAGGACUGUGAAUGCAGAUCACCUACAGUAUAGUGUAUGUUUUUGUAUAAAUGAUGCAACAUGUCAGCUUGUGCAACAUAGUCACAAAAUGAAGUGUUUUAGAGUUUUGCUCAGACAAUAAAGGAGCUCUACUUCACAAA